AUGUCCCAAGCUGUACUUAAUGAGUUUUUAACUCAUACUGUGAUUCAACCUUUUAUACAGCAUGGACAAUCAAAAGAGACUCUCCAAAGCACCCUCGACAAAUCGAAUGGUCUGCAUGCGCACCACAUAAUCCUGAGCUUUCUGCAUCAGGGAAAACGUAUUCAUAUCGAACUAAUUCGAAGCGAUGGUCUAUUGCCAUCAACCCAUUUCCUUCGCUAUCAAAAUGAGCGGAAAAAUGCUGGUCAUGUGGUGGUCAAUUUUACAAAGACAGAUGGAUACAUACGAGGUGAAGAGAAUUCAAAAGUAGCUCUAUCCACCUGCGAUGGUCAACUCACUGGCAUUAUCUAUUACGGCCAGGAAAUGUAUUCCAUAUAUCCCCACAUUGAUGGCAGUGGACGGUUGCUGGAUAACCAUUAUCUUCUCAAUCAUGCUGAUUUGAAGCAUAAAAAUGAGACUUUUGUUCAUAAUACUAACAAGGAUAACUAUAAAUAUGAAUCGGAAUAUGAGGAAGUACAGAACAAGUUCCAUCAAAGAAGGCGACGCGACGAGGAGGAUUACCUGAUUCAUCGGCCCUACAAUGCCAACCCAACAUCCAGUUAUGUGGAACUAGUCCUUGUUGUAGACUACAAUUUGUACAACAGUUUUAAUCAGGAUAUUAAAGAAGUGCACCGGUAUUGCAAGGAUCUGGUCAAUGUUAUGAAUGUGCUUUACGAGCCUCUUAACAUAUUUUUAGCCUUGGUGGGUGUUGUCAUAUGGAACAAAUCGAAUGAAAUUGAAAUUACCAGCAAUGCGACUGACACGCUUUGGAAAUUCCUGUCGUAUCGGAGCAAGGAAUUGGCAAUUACGUACCCCAAUGAUUUCGCAUUACUUUUGACUGAAAAUAAAUACAAAGAUGUGAAUAAUUAUACUAUAUUGGGCCAAGCUUUUUAUGCAACUAUUUGCACUUCUACUCAUUCUGGCGGAAUUGUGGCGCAGCAGAGCAAAACUUUAGCUGAAGUUGCCACCACAAUGGCCCAUGAGAUGGGUCACAGUCUUGGCAUGAACGACGAAUAUGACAACUGCAUCUGCCCAGAUGAGGCAUGUAUUAUGAAUGGGAUGAGCAAGGGUUUUAAUCCAGUACGUUGGAGCAGCUGUAGCAUUCAAAGUCUGAACACUUCUUUCUCAAAAGAAAUAACCGAUUGUCUGCGCAACAAGCCCAAAAAGCUAUUCGAAUCGCCGGACUGUGGCAAUGGGUUCGUAGAGCCGUGGGAAGAAUGUGACUGUGGUCUGCCGGACUACUGCGAAAAUCCGUGUUGCAAUGCCCACACUUGUAAGCUGAAUUCCGGUGCCUUAUGUGCCACUGGCGAAUGCUGCGAUCUUGAGACUUGCGAGCUCCAAUUGGCUGGCGAUCCGUGCCGCAAGGCGGAGAAUGAAUGUGAUCUGCCAGAGUAUUGCACCGGAGAGUCGGAGUAUUGUCCCAAUGAUUUCUAUCGACGUGAUGCGGAACCCUGUGAUGGCGGUCAGGCUUAUUGUUUCCAUGGUAAUUGCCGUUCACAUGACCAUCAGUGUCGCAUUAUGAGGGGACCUCAUGCAACAAAUUCAGAGCCCUGUUACGAGCAGAAUAAAGGAGGCGACCGACUAGGACAUUGCGGUUACAAUCGUCCCGGAAACAGCUUCGUAAGUUGCACAGAUGAGAAUAUAAUGUGCGGCAAGUUACAUUGCACUAAUGGGAAUGGGACACUGAUAAUCGGAAACGAUUUUUCAACUAACGUUUCCGAGUUUUCUGCUUUUGACCAUUUAUAUAAUUUGGUUGAUUGUUUUGGGGCCGAGGUCGAUAUUGGCUCCCAAUUUCUCGACCGUGGCCUAACGCCCAAUGGAGCGAAAUGUGGUGUCAAUAGAAUGUGUGUUAACCAGAGUUGUGUGUCGAUUGAAGAAAUUCUUGAAGCGGAUUGUCCAGAAAACUGUAAUAACAAUGGCAUUUGCAAUAGCAGUGGUCAUUGUCACUGCGAUUUGGGAUUUGGCGGAGAAUCCUGUUCCACAACCGGCUAUGGCGGAUCUCAGGAUAGUGGACCAGCCUCUAGUGUCAAUCGAACGUGUCGCCAGUUCCAGUACCUUUAUUUGCUAUUCCUAUUGAUAAUUCCACUUGUGGCAAUCUUCUGGUUCGUUCUAUUUAAAACAAGAGAUUCUGCAAAAGCAGAAGAAGUUCCUUCGGCUACUGAUCCAAAGAGUGCCUGUUAA